AUGGCUGCGGGGGGAGCGGCAUGUGGCGGGGACACCUCGGAGCACUGUCGGGCCGACGUGGAGCGCCUGACACGGGAAUUGGCGGAGGCCAACCGCGAGAAGAUCCGGGCGGCGGAGUGUGGACUGGUGGUUCUGGAGGAGAACCAGAGUUUGAAGCAGCGAUGCGCGGAGCUGGAGGCCGAGCAGGAGGCGCUGAGGCUGGAGCUGGAGCAGCUACAGGAGGCUUUCAGUCAGGCCUACUCCACCCAGCGCCGAGUGGCCCAAGACAGUGAGAGCAACGAGGAGAGCCUGCUGCAGGAGUCUGCCUCCAAAGAAGCAUACUACAUGAGCCGCUUGCUGGAGCUGCAGCUGGAGCUCAAGGAGGAGAGGGCCAGUGCAGCCGGCAGCCAAGCUGACAGGCAGCAGCUCAGGGAGACUGUGCAGGAGAUGCGAGAGAAGAGUCAGGCCCUGGAGCUGCAGCGAGUACGGCUCACAGAGGAGCUCCAGGAGGUGAAGCAGCGAGAGGCCAGACUCCUGCAGGACUACAGUGAGCUGGAGGAGGAGAACAUCUCACUGCAGAAGUUAGUGGCCACGCUCAAGCACAACCAGGUGGAGUUUGAGGGCUUGAAGCAUGAGCUGAAGGUGGUGGAGGAGGAGGCGGAGGUGCUGCAGGGCCAGCUGCAGGACGCGCUGAGGCUGAGGGAGCUCUCUGAGGGUCAGCUGGAGGAAGCUCUGGAGGCCCUGAAGAGCGAGAGGGAGCAGAAGAGGCUCCUCCGUAGGGAGCUGCUGCACCACCUCAGCAUGUGUGACGUGGCCUACACCGGCUCAGCGCACCUCCUGUUCACCUCUGCCCCCCCGAGUGGAGCCGGCACCCCCAACACCCUGCUGUCCCCCUCCUCUGAGGACCCCAACAGGUGUAACGGUCUUGUUCUGAGUGGGGCAGGGGCACCUGCAGCUCCUCUGCACUGCUCCAGCAGCUCCUCCACUCUCCACUCAGAGAUGAACCUCACAGAGAUCCAGAGGCUGAGACAACAACUGCUCACGGUGGAGCAGGAGAAGGUGGCUCUCCUGAAGAGCUUACAGGAGUCUGAGGCCCAGCUCAUACACACACAAGGGGCCUUGACAGAGCAGCAUGAGUGGGCUCUGCAUCUCACUCAGAGAAUGACUGCUCUGCACCACCCCCAGCACGAGGAGACCCACUGUGACACAGCCCAGCUGCACCAGGAGGCCCACAGCAGCAAAGAUCCACUGCAGCAUGAGGCCCAUGGCAGCAAGCUCCCACUGAACCAAGAGGACAAUGCAGGCACCAGAUCUGAGCUAAGGUUGGACUCUUUGAGCUCACAGGGGUUUUCCCAGCAAACCUCAGGGCUUGAGGUCCUGCAGUUCAAAUACCGCAUGGCAGAGAACGAGAUGGUGGAGCUGAAGGCCGAGCUCAGAUGUUUAAAGGACAAAAUGUCUCAGAGUGAGGAGAGGUCUGAGGACAGGCAUGGUCAGCUCCAGAGACUUGAGAAGAACUGUCAGGACGCACAGGAGAAGAUUUCACGGUUGGAGCUGGAGUUGAAGGCGGCGUCUUCUUUGGCUAAUGACAGAGAAGGGGCUCUUACCGCGACUCAGGAGGAGCUGCUGACGCUGAGUGAGGAGCUGGCUCAGCUUUACCACCACGUGUGCCUAUGCAACGACGAGACGCCCACCACCGUCAUGCUCGACUACUACAGUUCAGUCCAACCCGAUACUAUAAGGCCCAGCAAUUCAAGACAGGGCAGGGGUCUGCGAGGUCUGAGUGCCACGCUCAAAGCCAUGUCUACAGACAACAGUAAAGUGCUGCUUACACCGCGCCUUGCUCGGCGGCUCAUGGCAGCGUCUGCAGGUAGUCGUCGGGAGUCCCGCAGCCCCCCAGUGUCCCCUUCUAAAGAGCCCCUGUCCAGAGAGGAGGGAUCUUUAUCCAGGGAGGAGGGCCCCACCUCAGCCAGCAGUGGCUCCUCAUCCUCCUCUUCCUCCUCGUCACCUGCUCCAGACCCUCCUGCAGAGCUACGCCGAGAGCCCAACAUCCAGCACCUUUGCGCCCUCAUCAGAGAGCAGGUGAAGUACCUCCAGCGAGCGGUGGAGCGCUCUCAGCAGCUGUUCAGGCAGAGGGCUGCAGCUCGGGAACUCGCUCCGCUCAUCGACAAAGAUAAAGAGACCUGCCUGGAAGAACUGCUCAAGCUCAAGUCUCUGCUCAGCACCAAGAAAGAACAGAUCGCCACACUACGACUGGUGCUCAAGGCAAACAAGCAGACUGCGGAGAGCGCACUCACAAACCUGAAGAGUAAAUAUGAAGCAGAGAAGUCUUUAGUGACGGACACCAUGACCAAACUGAGGAACGAGCUGAAGGCCCUCAAAGAAGACGCGGCCACCUUCUCCUCACUCCGAGCCAUGUUUGCCACCAGGUGUGAUGAGUAUGUGUCCCAGUUGGACGAGAUGCAGAGACAGUUGGCAGCAGCAGAGGACGAGAAGAAGACUCUGAACUCUCUGCUGAGGAUGGCCAUUCAGCAGAAGCUGGCUCUGACGCAGCGUCUGGAGGACUUGGCUUUUGAUCAAGAGCAGAGCAGGCGCUCCCGGGGGACCAGACUGAGCGGUGGCAAACCUUCCCCAAAAGUGAGCCCCCCAACCUCAGUCCCAUCCUCCUCUGCAUCUCAGCGACCAUCCUCAGCUUUGACUCCAGGCAGCUGUCCGCCUUCAGGCCUUACAAGCCCCUCAGCGGCGCUCCCAGAAUGUGUGUCCAGUACCCCCCCUCCUAGCCCCGCUACAGCCUCCACAGACCUGCCCCCAGCCCUAGAGACCCCCUCAUCCCCCUGCAGCCCCCUGUUGGCCCCUAUCAGACCCGCCUCCUCCCAGUGGACUGUGGGUGUGCGGACAUUUGUGCUCAACUCUCACAGUUUCAAUGUCAGUAGGUCCCCUGUGGGCCCACGCAGUUCUCCUCUGUGCAGGUCGUACGGUUCAGACAGGCAGGUGCCCUCAGUGCCCUAUCACCCCCCCACCUCAGGGCUCCGCCGCUCCACAUGGAUCCCCCCAGCACGAGCACGGCCCCUCUACACUGUGGGUCACUCCUCUGUGCUCUACAGCAGCCCCUCCUACAGUCACUCUACUCACUACACCCCCUUGUACCCCAGGGCCUAUGGCUCCUAUCGGCCCCGACACUAACCUCUGUCCCUGAGGCGUCCCCUGUUCUGUGCCUGCACUGGGGUCCAUGCUCUGUUCACUGACUCAGGGAUUCUACAGAGGAGCACAAGGCCACCAUCUGUCCCGGGUCAGAUGUCCACAUGUCCCACAUGUCCCUGGCAUGGACACAAUCUGGUCCUGCUCAGGAGGACUGCCUGACACAGCCUGAAUGUGAUCAUUCUGAGCAAACUGUGGCAGAGGUGUGUCCACAGGAUGGUGGUCCCAGCACCGGUCUGUGUGGGCGGAGAGACUUGUAAGAAUGUAAUACAGAAGAUCUAGAGAGAGCUACAGUAAGCUCUGCAAAAGUGCCUUCAAACAUAAAUGAACAUAUCACUGUCUCAUGAGACACACUUGUCCUAACAGCACACACCACAGUCACAUGUUUGUGUUACAGAUCACACACAGCUUUGCUCCACACACGUCACGUACACUCCUCGUGCACACUCUAGCUUUAACUCCUGACUGCACUCCCUGUGCACCUCUGUGUGGAGAGAACAUGCACUGGACCUAACUCCCGCUGUGACCCCUGCUGCUCCUCACACCUGAUACUGAUCAGGUGUUGUGCCUCACCUGGAGCAGCUCAGGAUGGCUCUCCUCUCUGGCCUCAGCCUCACCUCACCCUGCAGGGUCACAGGGUCAUACGUCAAAGGGUCAGAGGGUGCAGAGGGCUAGCCUUACUUUGCCCUCAUGGGUUUACUCCACGUUCAUUAAAAACUACAUCUAGAGGCUUUAUUACUUAUUACAAGGCUUUUAUAGGACCUCACGAACUCCUCACUCACACCAGACCCUGUGUAAACCCGUGUAAAUCCAGAACAUUCAAACCUGUUUCAUUCAGAGAGCCUCGUAAGCGCCCUCUGGAGGGAGACACAGCACAGCGAAGGAGGGACAUGUAGGGUUGGGCUGACUACUACUUCUACUUGACUAAAUGUACCAAGCUGAGCCGGUAAUUGUGCUGGUACAUGCACAUAGUGCAGGUGUGUGGUCCACUACACAUGUAUGCCAGUGCCCUGUGCAUCCAUAGUCAUUUAAACGAGGACGUGGCAUGGCACCUACAGAAGCUCUCAGAAUGAAGUCUUCUGUUUGAUCUGUCGAAUAUCUGACCCAAACACAGAAUUCUUGCCAACAGUCUUCGUUAUUAGUUUUGUUCUUUAUCAAAAACAUUCCAGAAAAUGUUCACAGACAAAAGCAUAAAACAUCUUUAAGCUAUAUGAUUUGUGUAGAAAAGCAAAGAUGUAUAACAGCUUUUUUUUAUAGAAGGUGGGUAGUACUCAUUUACUCAGUUAUACAUUUAGUCAAGUAACUAUUAUAAAGACAUUGUAUUUUCCUAGUAGCAUACUCCUACUUGAGUAAUGUACACUUUCUUGAGUAAGGUUGUGCCUCCUCUUCACACUGAGUGACAAAAGCUUUAUAUGACAAUAUGAAAUGAUUUGAACAUUUGUGUUUCUUGCAG